AUGGAUGUGCACGCACAGCUGCAGUCCGCCUGGACAGAUAUCAUUGCCACAUACAAGCCUGGCACCAUCGAGUUCAUAGGCAGCAUCUUGGCCCAGGUGGUUGGGUUCAUUCUCCCAGCAACUAUCUACAUGUUGAUCGAUACUCUGUUGCCAAAAUUCUCCUGGCGCCAUAAAAUCCAAGGCGCUCGCCGCCAACCAACGCGCCAGCAGAUCCAGCAUUGCGUCAAAGUCUGCCUCUUCAACCACGUCUAG